AUGCCAGAAGUUUCGCGGAAAAUAAUGAGUUUUGAGGAAGAGGACUUUUACGUGAGUUGAAAAUUAUCGAAAUUUUUCAAAUUUCCAAUGUUUUCAGAGUGAAAGCACUGAAGAAUUGUUUGAAAUCGAUGAAGAAGAACCGGAUUUGUUGGAUUCGUUGUUGGACAAGGCUUUCGAUGGGAAAAAUGAUGAGGAUUCGGCGAUUGAUACAAUGAAAGAGGAGGAAUUGAUGUCUGGUGAUGAAGAUCAGGAAAUUUCAGCAGAAGACGAGGAAAAACUGGUGGAUUUGGACCUGAUUCCGAAUUUCUCAACAGAUCGCAAUGUUUAUGGCACAAGUUUCAAUGUUUACAACGGGGAAUUAGAGCGGCCACGGAAUAUUCAUGUUUAUACCAGGAAUUCGAUCUGGUUCAAGUUUCCGAUCGCAAAAUGCCUCCGCAAACGAACUUCGCGUCUUGAGAAGCGAUGUGAGAAGUUUGAGGUGGAAUUCGGGACGAAAAUCGAUAAGAUGAGCAAUGUGAAGAUUGUGACGAAGACGGCGAAUGAUGUGGAAGUUAUGGAAACUCGGAAUAUUCAAAGUUUUAUUGUCGAUUGUUUUCGAGAGGGGAAAUUGGGCGUUUUAUUGAUUGGUGUGGAGAAUAAUAAGGUUUUUUUGAUGAAAAAGCUUUAAAAACAGCUUAAAACCCUAAAAUUUGACCUUAAACGCAAGAAAAUCCGUAUUUCUAACCUAAAAAUUUGAAUUUCAGAGCUUCCCGCUGGAAUUUGCAUUGGAGCGCGUUUGAGCCUAACAGACAAAUGCGCUCCAAUGCAAAUCCCAGCGAGAAGCUCUGAAAUUCAAAUUUCUGGCUAAAAUUUAUGGAUUUUAGCCAUUUUUGAAGCUUUAGAGUUGAAUUUCUAGUAGAUUUUGCCCUGAAGCUUUAAAAAUAGCUUAAAACCCUAAAAUUUGACCUGAAAAUCAUGAAAAUCCAUAAUUUUAGGCCAGAAAUUUGAAUUUCAGAACAUCCCGCUGGAAUUUGCAUUGGAGCGCGUUUGAGCCUAACAGGCAAAUGCGCUCCAAUGCAAAUCUCAGCGGGAAGCUCUGAAAUUCAAAUUUCUGCCUAAAAAUUAUGAAUUUUCAUGAUUUUUUAGUUAUUUUUGAAGCUUUAGAGUUAUGUUUCUUGUAGAUUUUGCCCUGAAGCUUUAAAAAUAGCUUAAAACCCUAAAAUUUGACCUGAAAAUCAUGAAAAUCCAUAAUUUUAGGCCAGAAAUUUGAAUUUUCGAGCUUCCCGCUGGAAUUUGCAUUGGAGCGCGUUUGAGCCUAACAGGCAAAUGCGCUCCAAUGCAAAUCGCAGCGGGAAGCUCUGAAUUUCAAAUUUCUAACGGAAAUAUUUGAAUUUCCGAGCUUCCCGCCUUGAAUUUGCAUUGGAGCGCGUUUGAACCUAACAAAUGCGCUCCAAUGCAAAUCGCAGCGGGAAGCUCUGAAAUUCAAAUUUCUGGCUUAAAUUUCAGAAUUUUGAGCCAUUUCUGAAGCUUUAGCGUUAAGUUUCUAGUAGAUUUUGCCCUGAAGCUUCAAAAAAUAGCUCAAAACCCUAAAACCUUGAUAUUUGACCUGAAAAUCUGUAAAUUUGAGCCAAAAUUUUGAAUUUUCGAGCUUUCCGCUGGAAUUUGCAUUGGAGCGCGUUUGUGCCUAACACGCAAAUGCGCUCCAAUGCAAAUCGCAGUGGGAAGCUCUGAAAUUCAAAUUUCUCGCUAAAAAUUUCGGAUUUUCGAGCUUCCCGCCUGAGUUUGCAUUGGAGCGCGUUUGAGCCUAGCAGGCAAAUGCGCUCCAAUGCAAAUCGCAGUGGGAAGCUCUGAAAUUCAAAUUUCUGGCUUAAAAUCAUGGAUUUUCAGUUAAGAAUCCCAAAUUUUUCCAGAUCACGGGCUGCCCAAUGGGAAUUUCGGACCAAGACAACCUGCGUUUGGCGCUCGACACGGCAUGUCAAACCGAAUUCGAGCCGAGAAUCGAAAACGUCCUGGACACGGUCGAUAUUCGAUUCUACCGUGUUUUAAAGGCGCAUGAUGAUGAUGAUGAUGACGUGGCUGCAAAUCGCCAUUUGGUUGUGAUUUGGCUGAAAAAAUUGCGAAAAAAUAUUUAUAGUUUGGCUUCUGAGCAGUUGUACGAGUUUUUGAUAUGAGUUUUAUUUGUUUUUUCUUGUUUAUUUUUGUUUUAGCAUGAAUUUAUGGAAUUUUAACGAUGCUCCGCAUUUACACAUGCAAAUUUGAGCGGGAAAUAUCAAACAUUCAAAUAUCCGGCCAAAAACUAAGAUUUUUUGGGAUUUAAACGAUGCUCCGCGUUUACACCGUGAAAUUUGAGCGGGAGAUUUGAAAAAUUCAAAUUUUCUUGGUUUCAAACGAUGCUACACGUUUACACCGCGAAAUUUGAGCGGGAAAUAUGAAUUUUUCAAAUUUUUGGUUGCCAAACAACAAAUUCUACGCAAGAAUGCACAGAAUCUCCAAAAAACACCGUAUCCUACGCAAAAAUGCACAACACACACCAAACAUUACGCAAAACUACACUGAAAAAAGCUAGAAAUGAGCAAAAAACUUGAAAAAUCUCACUGAAUUUCCACGUGACCCAGAAAAAACUCAAAUCAGAUAAGAAUUGCUAUAAAAGAGGCGACUAAACUCUCAGAUUUCUUCAGUUGCGAAUAAGCUGUCUUCAAAAGUACCUGUUGUUCUCUGAUUUGCCAGCCAACGUCUCGAAAAAAUGCCAAAUCCACCGCCAAAAGAAGAUACUUGGGCAUUCCAACCGAUCGGUUCGCCAUUUCCACCGUCGCCUGUCAAAUGUAUGGGUGAACAGAAUAUGUAUGUUGCUCUUUGGUAUAAGCACGGUAAACCGAUUCAUGGAAGAUCGUGGAAUAAUGGCGGAGUUGUUGAAUGCUCGUUUCCGUAUAAAUCGGCCGAAUUGACCACCAAAGCACAAUUGGAGGGACAAAUUCAGGUUUUGCAAUAUUUGGGUGACCAUAAUAGUCAAGGUUAGUUGGGAAUGGGCUUUUGGAGGGCCUUGGAACCCGAAAAAUCGGUUUUCUAGGCCUAGAAACCUUGCAGAUGGCCUAGAAACCCGAAAAUUCGUUUUUCUAGGCCUAGAAACCAUCCAGAUGGCCUAGAAACCCGAAAAAUCGGUUUUCUAGGCCUAGACAAGCUUUUUUCCUGCUGAAAAACAGCUAAAUAGCUUUCCUGAACUCAAAAAAUCGAAUUUUCCGCCCAUCUACCGAAAAUGCGCCAGUGAAAAGUCUUGGUUGGCGUGUUUUUUGUAGAACGGGCGGUUUUGAGUCAUUUUUGAAUGAGAAAUCAGGUUUCUAGACCAAAAUGGGCGGUUUGCAGCUGUUUUAAAUGAGAAAUCGGUUUUUUUCAGUUUCUAGACCAAUUUUUUGCGAUUUUUCACCUUCUAGGCCUCAAAACCCCCCAUUUUUCCCCCCAAAACCCCAUUUUCUUGCAGGUUUCUGGUACGAAUGGAUCAAAUACAAGGACCGUUUGGAAAAAUUGGACGACAAGCAUCAAUUGGUCCGUUGCGGUGAUUCGUUCCCAAUCUUCUGGAAACGUGCCGAAGGAAACCUUCUCGGCUACGUUGACAACAAAACCGAAGAGGCACUGUUCUCGUUCAAUGGAAAAGUGUAUAGCAAGAAGGGUGGCGAGUUGGCUGAUAUGUAUAUUAUCACGAGAAACUGUGUGGGUGGUCCGCCGAAUUGUGAAUGUGCCGGGUGUGGAAGUGGUCCGAAGACGAAGAGUGUUAUUGAUGAAUGGAUGGAUAUUCGUGAGGGAGAUCCAUGGCCAACACGACAAUUGGUUAGAGCGUUGGAUAAGAGUUUGGACACUUUGCCUGGUGAGUGUUUAGGCGCUAAGCCUUAGGGGGUUUUUGGGGAGCGGGAGAAGCUUUUAAGGCUCUAGGAGGCUUCAGAGGGCUUUAGAAGGCUUUAUUAGCUUCUAGAGGGCUUUUAAGGCCUUUUUUAGGCUCUAGUAGGCUUCAGAAGCUUGUAGAGGGCCGCAGAUACUUCUGGAAGGUUUUUAAGAGCUUUUUUAAGCUCUCUAGGGCUUUAGAAGCUCCUAGGGGGCUUAAGGGACUUCUAAAAGGCUUAUAGGAGGCUUUAGAAGCUUUCAGAGGGCUUCAGAUACUUCUGGAAGGCUUUUAAGGGCUUUUUUAAGCUCUAGGAGGCUUCUAGAAGCUUUUAGGAGGCUUUAGAAGCUUUUAGAGGGCUUUUAAAGCCUUUUUAAGCUUUAGGAGGCUUUAGAAGCUUUUAGGGGGCUUUAGAAGCUUCUAAAAGGCUUUAGGAGGCUUCAGAAGCUUUUAGGGGGCUUAUAGGAGGCUUUAGAGACUUCUGUAAGGCCUUUUUAAGCUCUAGGAGGCUUCCGAAGCUUCUAGAGGGCUUUUAAAGCCUUUUUAAGCUCUAGGAGGCUUUAGAAGCUUUUAGGGGGCUUAUAGGAGGCUUUAGAGACUUCUGUAAGGCCUUUUUAAGCUCUAGGAGGCUUCCGAAGCUUCUGGAGGUCUUUUAAGGCCUUUUUCAAGUUCUAGGGGGCUUUAGAAGCUUUUAGAAGGCUUUAGAAGCUUCUGGAGGGCUUUUAAGAGCUUUUUAAGAGGUUUUCCGCACAGCGGCACUAUGUUCCGCGAAGCGGCCACGCGGAUUACUAUGACUUAGAAUCCGUAUGGCCGCUGAAGCGGAAGAUAGUGCCGCUGCGCGGAAGCUUGCGGUAGAAGUCUAAAAACCUAAAUAUGAUAGGGUUGAAGAACCUUAAGGUGCUCUUAAAGACCCUAGUCAUAUUUAGACUCAAAAAUUUCCCUUUUUUCCAGGCGUGCCAGCCGAUCAAUAUGUUGCCCUUUGGUACAUGCAAGGUGAACCAGUCAUGGGUCGUGUCUGGAAUAAUAAUGGCAAGAUUGCGGCCUCAUUCUCGUGGUUUAACAAUGAAUAUGCGAAAAAUGUGGGUUCGAUUCAAUUGUUGGUUCAUUUGCCGGAUAAUAUGCGAGGUUCGUAGAUCUUCUGGAAGUUCAGUGGAUCUUGGAAGAUCUGAAAGUCUAGCUAGACCUUCUAGAACUUCAGUAGAACUUGAAACAUCCAAAAAUCCCCAAUUUUUCCAGGCUUUGACUAUGGUUGGAUUCCAUUCCCAGAAGCUGCCAAAUUUGGCGACAAGGAAUGGCACCCUGUACACGUUAACAAUCACAAGGGUGACAUUUCGGUUGGUGUCGUCAAUUUGCCAGGUGGAAAGCAGAUUUUGGCCAAGGUAUGUGGUUUUUUGGCGGGAAAUUUUUUAUUUUUAAAAAAAAUCAAAAAAAAAUUAGCAAGUUCUUUGAAUGCACCGCGUUUUGACUAGAAAAUAGCUGAAAAUACAGCCAAAAUAUAAAAUUGCCAGGAAAAUGCCCAAAAAUUGAGAGACUUGUUUGAAAUUGUCGAGAUUUAGGUGAAAAUUCAUAGAAAUUUGAGAAAAAAUAUGAGAUGUUUGGAAAAUUUGGAUUUUUUGGAGCGGAAAAUGUUCUGAUACGUCACUGGGCUCAAAAAAAAUGCAAAUUUUCACCAAAAAUUCAAAUUUUAAUUUGAGGUCGAUGUUCGUAACGAGAAAUAUGGCUAUGGUCACGAAGGAAAGGAGCAUUCGGCUCAAGCCAAGGCUUGUGCUGACACCACCAUUGUUUUGUGCCGUAAACCAAAACCCGGAUACAAGUUGGACGGAUAA